AAUCCUUCCUUCCCGGGCUAGGCGCGCAGGCUGAGCCAUUGGCUCCGAACCCGGAGGAACCCAGGGUCAGGCGACGCCGGGUCACGUGGCCGGCUGCCUGCAUGACGUACGGGCUGCUGAGCGUCACCGUGACGUUUAGGCGACCUGCGAAGUGGCCGGGCUACCUCCGUCACCUGUGCCAUCGGGGUGCUGUCAUGGACCUGGGGCCGAUGCGCAAGAGUUACCGCGGGGACCGAGAGGCAUUUGAGGAGGCUCAUCUGACCUCCCUGGACCCCAUGAAGCAGUUUGCUUCCUGGUUCGAGGAGGCCGUUCAGUGUCCGGAUAUCGGGGAAGCCAACGCCAUGUGCCUGGCUACCUGUACCAGAGACGGAAAACCCUCCGCCCGCAUGCUGCUGCUGAAGGGCUUUGGCAAGGACGGCUUCCGCUUCUUCACUAACUACGAGAGUCGGAAGGGGAAAGAGCUGGACUCUAAUCCCUUUGCCUCUCUUGUCUUCUACUGGGAGCCCCUGAACCGGCAGGUGCGGGUGGAGGGCCCUGUGAAGAGGCUGCCCGAGGAGGAGGCUGAGAGCUACUUCCAUUCCCGCCCCAAGAGCAGCCAGAUUGGGGCUGUGGUCAGCCGCCAGAGCUCUGUGAUCCCUGAUCGGGAGUACCUGAGAAAGAAAAAUGAGGAACUGGAGCAGCUCUACCGGGAACAAGAGGUGCCUAAGCCGGAAUACUGGGGUGGCUACAUCCUGUACCCCCAGGUGAUGGAGUUCUGGCAAGGCCAAACCAACCGCCUGCAUGACCGGAUAGUCUUCCGUCGAGACCUGACGGCGGGAGGCUCCCCUCUGGGACCCAUGAGCCACCAAGGGGAGGAAGACUGGGUAUACGAGAGACUUGCACCUUGACUCUGGACAAAGACUGGAAAAGAUCGGCUGGAAGAGAGUGGGACAGAGCUGUUAAGAGGGGGUGAAGGACUGGGAGCCUGCUCUCUCUCUCUCUCUCUCUCUCUCUCUCUCUCUCUCUCAUUCUCUGCGUCUGUGUGUGUGUGUGUGUGUGUGUGUGUGUGUGCGUCAUUGGGUUUAAACCUAGGCUUUUGUUGAUGCUAGGCAGCACUCUACCACUGAGCUAGAAUCCCAGUUGUUUUUUUUUUUACCUUUUAUUUUAAGACUAAGCCUUAAACUCACUGUGUAUUUAUUCCAGACUGGUCUUGCCGUGAGUCCCCUUGCUUCAAUCUUUUGCGUAGCAGUGUUUGCAGCCUGUGGCACCAGGCCCAGCUCUGGGCCUUGUUUUUAAGCUAAGUCCACCACCCUUUCUGUCCCUCACAUCUAAGUCUCUCCAGGACUCACCCUCCGAGGUCCCUGAACUCGGCUGGCGUCGGUUAGCAGCUGGAGUGGCGUGCAAUAGAGGAGAAUCACAAGUGGAGAAGGCUCUCAGCAUUAUUUCCUUGGCUUUGCUCGUGAUUUUGGGGAAAGCCCAUCUUGGGAGCUAUGGCUGGUGUGACUCCGCUUCCAGGAACAGGGCAGACAUACAAAAGGCCUACCACCUGCAGAAAGGAGCCAGGGCCAGGCCAUGUUUGCUGUGACUCAGAGAACCAUUAUUUGUUCUGGUUGGCCGUGAACUUGUUUCUUUGGGGACACUGUACUUCUUUUGACUUUGUGGCUGUGUGCUUCAGCCUCUGUCCCUGACAAAGGCUCCUCCCAAGGCUCCUCCUCUCCUGUGUUGUUCCCCGCCUCCCAUUUAAGCCUGGGUCCAGGAAGGACAUUGACCCUAUGGCCAGCUGCCAGCUACCCCUACCUACCUCACCCCUUUCGCUGAUGUCCCAUGGACUGUGACUGUAGUAGUACAGACAGCGGGUUGUUGAGGAGAGGUAUUGUACCCCACCUCUGUUAGGGGGCUGUGUGUGCCCCCAGGUCUCAGUGUGAUCUCAGCUGUCACUUCCAUCGCACAGGUGUGUAAUAAAAACUUGUCAGCCGUGUGUGA